AUGUCGUCACCAAAGAAUGCACGAGUCCUCAUAGCUGGUGGGAGUAUUGCUGGACUUACACUCGCGAAUAUUCUCGAACAAAUUGGUAUCGACUUCCUUGUCCUUGAGAAGUACAAGGCAAUUGCUCCAGAUGUCGGAGCUAGCAUUGGAAUCUUUCCAAAUGGCUUCCGCAUUCUCGACCAACUUGGUUGUCAUGAUACAAUCAAGGCGUUAGUAGAUGGCGCAGAUUCAUUCGAGCAUAUGAGGAUGUAUGACGAGCGUGGAAACAAGGUGCAAGACAUCGCGGAUGCCUCACAGCACUUCAAGAACCGGCUAGCAUACGAGCCUAUCUUUGUAGACCGGCAGAUGAUCAUCCAGAUUCUAUACGAUAAUCUGUCCGACAAAAGCAAGGUCCUCACAGACAAGGGGGUCGUACACGUCCAGCAACAGCAACCUUCUGGUCGAGUUCAGGUCACGACAGGUGACGGCAGCGUCUACGAAGGGGCUAUUCUAGUGGGCGCUGACGGUAUCCAUAGUACCGUCAGGCGCGAGAUGUGGAGGAUCGCAGAUGAGGUUCACCCGGGACACUUUCCGCUGAGCGAGCGCACCGCAACACCAACAGGCUAUCGCUGCAUAUUUGGCAUCUCCAAGCCAAAUGAGAGAUUUCCAAAAUACUCAUCACAGAACGUCAUGGGCAAUGGCUGCUCUUACCUUAUCAGCACUGGCCCCAAUCACCGCAUCUACUGGUUUCUUUUCAAGAAGCUGUCUACAACAGUGCAUGGUCUAUACGAGAAGGUUCCACGCUAUACAGAAACGGAGAGGGAUGCCCUGGCUGCGGAGCAUGCCGACGACCCGUUGAAUGAUACCCUACGUUUUGGCGACCUGUAUGAAAGUAGGACGACUGCAACUCUACAGGCUUUACCAGAGGUCGUGUUCUCGAAGUGGCAUUAUGGCCGUAUCAUAACCAUCGGCGACGCUGCGCACAAGUUCAAUCCAAUCGGCGGACAGGGCGGAAACAGUGCUAUUGAAGACAGUGCAGUACUUGCGAACCUCAUUCACGAAGUCAACAAGUCUCAAGGCUCUGUCUUUAGUCUCACCGAUGCGAACUUGGCGUGCAUUUUUGAAAAGCUGCACUCGCUUCGACACGGCCGCGCAGCAUCUCUCAUGAAGGCCUCUCAUGACUUGCAGAGUCUCCAAGCUAAGGAAACCUUCCUCACGAGGCUAGUGGCUAAAUGGCUCAUCCCUGGGUCAUCCGCAGACUCGGUACUCGAGAUGCUUUCCACAAACAUGCGUCCGGCCCCGCGUCUGAACAUGGUACCUGUUCCGGAUCGGCAACACGCUGAUCUGUAUAACGACGAGCGUCCUGCAGAACCGCUAAGCUCUGCGAUGCCGCGCUUCUUUACAUACGGAGUGUUUGCAUGUCUGAUAGGUAUUGCGUUCCUAACGAUGAACUGGACCGCCUACCCUCUGUCUCGGAUUACCUUGGAAGUUGCACCGAAAGCAUACUCGACCGGUGUCCAAUCAUUCCGACACACUCUGAACCUCGUCUUCCUUAAGCUUGCUGGUGGAACUGGUUGGGUGGACGUCGGUCACACGCUACAACUCCUCUAUCUACUCUUAUUCCUCACACCCGUCAUGCUUAUCUGGUACAUCGAAGCGAAUCGACAUGAAAGCCGUGGAACGCUCAUCUCGCGGUGA